AUGGGUUGUGCGUCAUCUCGAAGUCCUUUUGAUAACAAAACUAUGCAGAAGCUGAUAAAUGAGUAUAUUGAAGAAACAAAGCUAGACCAAGUUACUUGCAAUUUUAUUAACAAAACCAUUGGAGAAAUUAUUUUUCAGGGAAAAAUCUAGUGAGCGAGUAAAAAUAUUUUAAAAAGUGAUAAUUAUUAUAAUGAAAUCUCAAAUAAUUCAUUAAAUAAAAAUAAUUUGUACUCUAAAAUAUAAAUUUAAAUUUAUUUAUACUUUCACAUUUUUGCAAUUUGGGAUUUUGAGUUUUUGAAAAAAAAAUUAUAUAAAAUUUUAAAAUAAAAAUACCUCAUGCGAUCUUUUUUACCCAUUCACAGAGGAGAGUAAGAGACUUGAUAUUCAAUGCAGGGGAGAUUUGAUUGAUAGAUCUUCAUAUGAGAUGCUUGCAAAGAAUUGGCACUUAAAAGCGAAUUUUAGCUUAUUUACUAAGACUAAUUUUAUAUCGAAGUCUGAUCUAAAGCUAAGUCUUUUAGUUUUUAGUAAAGAUUCAGACGAAUCAAAAGUAGCCCUCUUAAAAGAAAUUGCAAGCACUAAUAAUCGAUUAGCCAUGAGGUAUCCAGAAUUAGCCUACCAGCUAGUGUAUCAAAGGAUUCCUGAAGAAUUAGCAAGGAUGAAAAAAAUUUCUGAAGCAGAAAAAGUAGCCUAUAUUAACAAAAAAAGACUAUCAGCUGGUACCAGUGCCUGUUUAUUUUUCAGUAACUACAUGGAAAAUCCUGAAAAUUUGAAGACUAUAAAUAUUGAUAUAAAUUAA